UGUAUGUAUGUAUGUGUGUAUUUUUAUUUAAAUUUUAUUUAUUUAUAAGACAGGGUCUCACUAAGUUGCUGAGGCUGGCUUUGAACUUGCGAUCCUCCUGCCUCAGCCUCCCGAGCCACCGGAAUUACUAGCGUGUGCCAUGGCACCCAACUUAGCACAUAUUAUAAACUCUACUGCUAAGCCACAUUCCCAGCCCAAUAUACUGGUUUCACACAAAAUUGGAACCUGGACGGCAUAAAACAACAGUUCUGUACUGGGUCUGGGGUCUCAGCUGAGAAGACCCCCCAGGUACCUCCACACACUGGCAGCCAGCUGGGCCACCAGCAGUAAGUACUUCUCCAUGUGACUCCCAGCACUUCAUUGGUGUGGGCUGAUGUGGGCUUACUCACAGAGUGACCCCAAGACAGCACCCAAGGGAAACCAGCUGAGAGUUGUAUUGCUGCUGUGGCUUACCCUGCAGAUCUUGUGCCUCACUCUGGCUGCAGUCUCUCCGGUGAGAGCACUUGGGUGGAUAAGUUGCUAUCACUGUUGGUAUUGAAGUCUGCUCUGCCUCCCGUAGCUUUUGGCACCAUCCAGCCUUCCAGUCCUGCCUUCCACUUAGUGGUUACCUGCAAUAUGCACAGACUCAUCCUGGCCCUGAGUGACUUUCAUUCACCCAUAAGGAGCAGCAACAGAGGGCACACAGAAGGAGUUGGUCACCCUCCCUGUCUUCCUUCCAGCUCCUCCCCAGUUCACAGCCUCCCCUGAUGUUUGUCAUUAUAUUUGCUCUUUACCCUGAGUGCACACAGCACUCUGCCCACUCUGGCACAUGGAUUCUUUGCUGUGCACACGCAAGUGCCAAUGGGGAAAGAUCCAAGUACUGCUGCAGGAGCCUGGCAGCUGGCUGCACCGUGGGCAGAGAACUGUCCCCUCCUGCCCUCUGGUAUUCGAUGUGCAGAGGAAAGUCACCUAUAAAAACCUGAGUACCUGGUAUGCAGAGCUUCGGGAGUUCAGGCCAGAGAUCCCAUGCAUCGUGGUGGCCAACAAAAUUGAUGCAGACAUAAAUGUGACCCAGAAAAACUUCAAUUUUGCCAGGAAGUUCUCUCUGCCCCUGUACUUUGUCUCAGCUGCUGAUGGCACCAAUGUCGUGAAGCUCUUCAAUGAUGCAAUUCGAUUAGCUGUGUCUUACAAACAGAAUUCCCAGGACUUUAUGGAUGAGGUUUUGCAGGAGCUUGAGAACUUCAAGUUGGAGCAGAAAGAGGAGGAUGCGCCCAGCCAGGAGCAGAGUGGCAGGACCAAGAGCCCGCUCCCCCCCUGAUCAGAGGGCUGCCUCGGGGUGGGGACCUUUUGGAAUAUCCUUCCAGCUCUGAAUGGGGAUCUCUCCUGGCCAGCCUCACUCAGCCUCCCACAAACCCACCACCCCAUGAUACAGGAUGAGGUCAGCAACAGCAUCCUGGAAAGAUGUGAGGUACCCCAGACUGCUCGCAACAGAAUCGAGGAUCGGUGUCUUUCACAUCGCUCACCCUCCCUCAGCUGGGCAGUGGAAGGAACCAAAGAACACACUUGUGUGUCUCUUCACAGUGGACAGAUAUUUAGGUAGUUGUUUCUUGUUUUUUUUUCUUCCCCAAAUUGACCUCAGGAAAUAUUCUUUGCAUUUCUUACAAGAGAAUGGUUGCUCAUCCCUGAUUACCCCAGUCCCGCACUGCAGAAUGUGUGGGGCCUUGUCUUUUUUCCUCCUUUAGUCUCCUUAGUCAACUUUUUAGAAGACAUUUUUUAAGCAGACAGAUGUUCAUUUCAAGUUUUUGAACCCCUAAAAAUUUCAGGAGCUCUUCUAGAUCAGGCCAAGAUCACAGGAACAGGUUUGCCAUUAAAAUUAAAUAAAAACUAGUAACAAGUCUAGCUCUACUUGGUCAUACAAAUACACAGAGGAAAGUAAACAGUACUGACGAUAAACAGCCAGGCCACAAGGACACCCAUUUGAAUGACAAGAAAUCAACUUUCAGAACUGCUCCCUUUGAAGCCUCUCCAUCAGCUUGGGAGUUAUUCCUUAGUUUCUGUAGGACAAGUGAGACGUGCCUCCUGGGGGUGGCCGAGGGCUGCAGAGGAAGAGCUGUCCUAUUGCCUUUGAGCCAUGUCCAGUGUCUGUGGCUUGCUAUUGUGCUUUUAUGAUCAUCUUGGGCAUCAUUUGCAUUGGGGUCCUUAAUUUAUUUUGUUUGUACUGUUUCUGUUUUUAGUAAAGAUUGAAAUACAAACAUUA